AUGGAGACUUCGCUUCGGAGUGACAGCAGAAUCGACAAGUUGUUGACGGCAGUGGUCACCAAAUUCUCCUCGGAUUCUGGCACCGGGUACGGCUCCCUCGCCAGGGGCCUGGGCAACUCGCCGAAGCUCAAGGGCCACUUCAGGGCCACUGAGCUCAAAGAGCUCGACGAAAUCGCCGAGAUCAAAUUCGACACGGUCACUGCUGUUCUUCGCAUCGUGGUUCUUCGUAUUUCGACCAUCCUGCAGUUCUUGAUUGAGAUUCGCUCCAUGGAUGGCAAGGCCGCCCCCUGGGCGGCGGACUUGCUGGACAACGUCUUUACGACGGAGAACCUGAUUUUGCUCUCGUUGAUAGCAGAAUGGUCCAGCACAGUAAGCGGCUAUGUCCAUCGCUGGGACAACCUGGGUCGCGACAGCUCAGGGAACCCGAAGAGGAACCCGAUCGGGCACUUGGCGUUCGUUUGUCGGUCCAUGGGCACUCUGAAGAAGGACCUGGGCCGUCUGUUUGAAUUUGACAUCAAGACGAACAAGCCGCCUCUGGUCAUGGACCAGCGAUUUACCAAGGGCUUUGUGCAGAUUCUGCGUGGAUGUCUUACAGGAGGCCGCAUUGCAGCAUGCACAUCGCUUGGCGCCGGCGGAAAGGUGCUGUACCGUGGACUCUCCGACGAUGACUUCCAGGCGACACUCCUGAAAGAGAUGGGCUCGAUCAAAAACGUCUCCCGCGUGUACCUGCAAGAGCUUAAGACGGAGCACGAAGUGGGCUUGGGGCAGGGGUUCGGUGCGUUCGACAUGGAGUCCUCGACUGUAACGAAGCCUGAGACCCUGGACGAGCUCGCGAAGCUCUUCGGAGCCACGGUUUCCCUGUUGCUCACAUUGUUCGAGUCAACAGGGGUCCUGGAGCAGAAUCUCGCGGCUCUGCGAGGCUACGGCCACGAGCAGAAGCAGAGCAUGACCACGAUGAACCGCCGGAGCUGUCUGAAGGUGCUGUUGGAUGGGGUCGCAGUGGCCCAUCAUUCCGUGAGGGGUGACCGCACUUACAGCUUGACAGCCUUCGGUCUGAAGGCAGGCCGUCGGUCGGCAUUUGAAAUUUUCAUUUGCCUGCAGGUCCCGGUGAUGAGAAUGUACCAGAGGCUCUUCAGUGGCAAGAGCAACACCCGCAAGCCGAAACCUGGCCAGCUUCCCGACAUCAGAUUGCCAAAGCGAAUGGCGCCCGGGAAGGUUGGAAAGACUGGCAUGGCUGCAUUGAUGCGGAUUCGACAGGAGCAAAAAGAUAGCAUCGAGGCCGCGGGUGAUGUUGCCAUGUCAGGGAUGGAUCCAACGAAGCUGGAAAGCUGCCUCGAGACGGUAAACCAGUCAGCAGCAGAGCGGACGACCGCAAAACAAAAGAAGCUGAGCAGCAGCCUUGCAGAUCGUGUGACUGCGAAAAUCCGUCUCCUCACGAAUCUGGAUGAGGUUUCGAGGCAGAAGCUCCGGGAACAAGUCAACAAGGAGAACGAAAGGCUGACAAAGUUGAGAAGCAUCCAAGUUAGAGACCUCCGUGCAGCAGAGUGCAUGACGGACUGCAGUAAAGGCUUGGUGAUUGCGGUGCCCACAGUGAAGAGCAUUGAGGGCAUUGACCGAAUGGCCAAAGAAACUGGCCGGAUUCUGAAAGACCUGGGCGGUCCCAGAGUCGUCCCUCUGACCGCGACAAACCUGGUCAAGCAAUGCCUGGAAGCAAGCUUUACAGUGUGGUACGGCCUCACAGAUGCAGCGGAGGAUGCUUUGCUUUUCUACAAAUCCGAAACCUCCCCGGAGCUCAGCACGGCAAUGAGCCGCCUGCUAGGUGGCCACGUAGCAGGGCCCACGUGGCUCCGAGCGUGCCAACAAGCAGGCAAAGUUGUCCGGCCUGUGACGAUGCUCGGAAGGGCGCUGCAAAUUGGAAGACAGCUGGGCUUCGAUGCGAGCGUGCAAUUCAGAGAAGGCUUGUUGAAAGUCAUCAGUGCCGUGGAAAGCCACCCAGCCGGCACCAGGGAGUGGGUGGUCAGAAGUGCUCGGUCUGAGCUGAGACUUGGCCGCGUUUGGCAAAAAUGUUCCAGUGUCCUCGGGCAUGAGAUCAUCUGGGUAAGACUGCGUGCAUUGCAUCUAAUGUUACUGUAG